ACCAACAUGGCUGCCGCCUUGUGUCGGUAACAUUUCGGUCUCAAUGUUAACUUACAGCGCAAGUUUCAAACCCAAAUGCUUUGAUCAGCUGCUACACUGGGCCACUAAAAAGCUGCACCUGUUACCACAUUUUUGACGCCGACAUGUUCCAGGUUAUCGGCGGGAGGAGCGUCCAGGCGGCCCGGCUCCUCGCACCCAGGAGCGCCGUGCUCGUGGAGGCAGUCCGGGGCAGAAAGUCCCGCACCGACCCGGUCGCGAAGUCCAAAGAGGGGCGAAUCAAAGUGCCUCCCCCCGUCGAUCCGGUGGAGAUGGUGGUCCUCAAGGAGAGAUUCACGGAGUACCAGAUGAUCAUGAGAGCGCUUCGUCUGGAGUUUAAGGAGGAAGUGCUUCGAAGAAAGUACGAGGAGGAGACGGGCUCCCUGGCGGAGGAGAGAGCGAAGCAGGAGGCGGAGGAGCAUCGCGCCCUCAUGGCCUGGAACAACCAGGAGAACUUGCGCAUGCUCAAACUCAGGGUGCUGAGGGUCCAGAAGGAAAAGGAGGAAGCUGAGCGCAAGCAGGUUGAAGCUGCCAUUAAGCGUGAACAAGAACGGGAGAAACUCAUCAAAGAAAAAGAGAGUGAAAUUUUGAAGUUGCAGGAGGAUGCAAAGAACUUCAUCACCUUGGAGAACUUGGAUCAGCGUAUAGACGAGGCUCUAGACAAUCCAAAGAAUUACAACUUUGCCAUCGACAAAGAAGGGAGAGUUGUUAAACAGACGACGCUGCAGUGAAACACCAGACUGAGCUGUAUGUUUCUGUUUAUGAGGAUAAACAAAAACAGACCAACAUCAUUCUCUUAGUCAGGACUGUGAGACGAGUUGAGUCUGAUCCACCCGGAGGCGGAUUUUCCUCAAACACAGAAAACACUCAGCGUGAGAAUGUUAUCGUAGCUCUCAAAGAAAGAAAUAUCGGAGAUGUUUCCAUUGGAGAUUCUUAAUCCAUUUCGAAGCAGUUUAAAGUGACUAAUGUUGAUGAAAUGCUUCGUGUCACAUUUGAUGGGAAACCUAAAUUCUCAUGUCAUCAGAAAAGUAUGAGGUGAUCAUGUUUUGGUCACAAGGCCAGCUGCCUUUUUAUUUUUCAUGUUUCUGCUUCAUUUUCUUCCUUAUUUGAGUGCUCUACAUGUCAACAUGUUCUUUUGAUCAUCACUGUCUUCUCAUGAUAUGUAAUGUAUGUAAAGUAAAUGAAUGUUUCCACUAAA